GAAGGGAUUAGCUUUCGCCUUCAUCGGUAUCUUUUUUCCAGAGACUCAUCCUACUUCGCGAAUAUUUUCACGCAUCACUCGUCGCCUGAAUCUCUCAACCUGGUUGACAAGAAAUCCUCCGACUUUGACGCUUUCCUGUCCGUACUGUACUCGACGUGCUAUCGUUCGCCUGAUAUUACCUCUGUGGAUGAGUGGUCGGCUGUUCUUCGCCUUGCCACCGAAUGGUCCUUCGACAGUAUUCGAAACCUCGCGAUGGAACGCUUAGAGCCGCUCGCCAGCCCCAUAGAGAAGAUUGUUCUGAGCCAUACACACUCGAUUCCCAACUGGCUCCCAGCAGCAUAUGUUUCGCUGUGUCAGCGUUCCCACCCACUUACGGCUGCGGAGAUCAGAGCAAUCCAGGCCGAGGAUAUCGAACUGAUCAUGUCAGUCCGAGAGACCAUGCUCCGCGCAGGG